CACAGAUCUACAUAUUAGAAUCUAGAUAUAGAGUCUAGAAGUGACAAGAAUAGCGAAAUUAUUUCACCGGAAACUCAUUUGAUUCCUUCAUCAACUUUAUUUUUAUUAUUUUUGCGGCAACGGUGAAUGCUAUUGACGAUUGCAGCGCUGUCUGGAGAAUGAGUACUAAUGGUACUUUGAAUACUUUACUGAAGUACAGAUUUGUCAAAAAGCCAGUUAAUCAAAUUACAAUAGAUACUCAGGUUUCCAGUGAGUGCAAUGGUUUAUCCAGAGAAAACAGCAGCAGUUCUUUGGACAGUCAGUCUACAGUGCUCUUUGCUAGUCAGAACUCAUCAAAUGAAAGCAUGCAGUCAUUAAACCAAAGUCAUAACAGAGUAGACAGUCAAAACACGCUACCUUAUAGUCAGUCCUCAGUGCCAAGCUUAAAUAGCCAGAGUACUCUGCCUUAUCACUAUAUACCUCCUCAAAGUCCAGCCUCCAGCAGCACAUGCAUGUCAAACUCAACCAGUCCAGUCUUCACCUCCAAACUGAACAGUCACCAAACCAAAGUGGAAGUGACCAACCAGGUGACUCCCACAGCUUCACCAGUCACAGGACCCUGGGUCUCUAAAGCAUCAGGACAAGUGAAUGGGGGAAGUAACAAGGACAAUGCUAGCAAGUUUAAACGUGUCAAGCGACCUGUCGACACUGACAGUGAUGAGGACACAUCAACAAAAAACAAAGAUGAUUUUUGUCGCCUUAAAGAAAUGUUUCCAGAGAAGAGUGAGAACAGAAUCAGGGCAGCUCUCAUUAUGUAUCCCAAAGACUUUCAGAGAGCUGUUAAUUUUAUGGCCUCAGAGAAGUGUACCACAGCCACUGCAGAAAAGCGUCCAUUACCUAAAUCAGAGGAGCAGCCAGAAAUUACUGGUAAUUAUAAGAGGAUCAAAAUGAUGCCUGAAACACCAUCACCCGUGAAAGUUGUUGGCAUUGAUUUUCUCCAAGAAUCACAAAAUUUACAGAAAGCGCUGGAGUUUUUACAAGGAUGUUUCCCAGCAAAGUCUAUUCAGCAUUUAAAAAAGGUUUUGAAGGCCCACAAUGGGAAUACAGAUACUGCUGUAACAGAACUUUCUAAUGAAGACAUUAUAAUCUUGGAUGAUGAUGCUGAGGAGGCUGGACCUAGCAGUGAUGCUUCUAGCCAAACAGUGAAGAAAACAUCUGCACUGAAACCUAAGUUGUCUGAAUCAAAAGUGCGAAAGAAAAAAGAAAAAGAUGUAGAUGUUAGUGAUGAGGAUGAAGAUUAUGAUGAUUAUGGCAGUGGUGACAGUGAUGACAGUGAGGAUCUUGAUAAUAAGACCAAGUCAGAAACAGACAAUUUCUUACAAUUCUUUCAAGAAGCUACAUUUGAAGAGCUCACUGCCAUGCCAGGAUGCUCCAAGAAAAAAGCAGAGCUCAUCGUGAGUCUUAGACCUUUCCCCACCUGGCAAAGCUUGCUGGACGCGUUCAAUGCAGAGAAACAGUUGUCCACGUCACUGAUUUCUGGGUGUAAGGAGAUCAUGCAUGUUAGAAACACCAUCCGCCGCCUAAUGAUGAAGUGUGAAAGUAUCUCCCAACAGAUGGGAAUGGUUGUGUCCAGACUUACUAGGCAGGAUUCGCAAAGCACACAGAGAGAUGAGUUGAAAAUUACAAAACAACCUGAGCUACUGAAUAAAGAGUUUGAACUUCAACCCUAUCAGUUGAUAGGUGUUAGCUGGCUGAAGAUAAUGCAUGAGCAACAUUUGAAUGGAAUUCUUGCAGAUGAAAUGGGUUUGGGAAAGACUAUUCAGGCAAUUGCAUUUUUGGCUCACCUAAUGGAAUCAGGCGAGGAAGGACCACAUGUUAUAAUUGUACCAUCCUCUACAAUUGAAAACUGGUUGAGAGAGUUGCAGAGAUGGUGCCCUGCUCUAAAAGUAAUUGUGUACUAUGGCUCUCAGGAAGAGCGAAGAGCUGUUAGACAUUCCAUAUUUUUCCAAGGAGAAGAAUUUAAUGUUCUCUUGACUACAUAUAACAUGGCCACAGGUGGUGUUGAAGACAGGGUGCUUUUUAAAAAAUUUGAAUUCCACUACGCAGUAUUUGAUGAAGGUCACAUGCUGAAGAACAUGUCCUCUUUGAGGUUUCAAAAUCUCAUGAAGAUAGCAGCUGAACGCCGUUUGCUUUUGACUGGGACUCCUUUACAAAACAAUCUUCUAGAACUGAUGUCAUUACUCUGUUUUGUGAUGCCAGAAAUAUUUCAAGGCAAAACAGAUCAUCUCAAGAAAGUCUUUGCCAUGAUAUCAAGGUCAGAAGAGAAGCAGAAAAGUAGAUUUGAGAGAGACAGAAUUGCUCAAGCUAAAAGAAUUAUGAAGCCUUUUGUUUUACGUCGGUUAAAACGAGAUGUCCUACAACUACUUCCAAAGAAGACAGAACAUAUAGAAAAAUGUCAGUUAGUACCUAAACAGCAAGAGUUGUAUGAUAGCCUAGUAACAAAAUACUCUCAGGAGAUAGGAGACAAUCCUGAUGCAGCGCCAAAUGGAGGAGUUGGUAUAUUCAUGCAGUUUAGGAAAGCUGCCAACCAUCCGCUGCUACUUAGGAAUUUAUACACAGAUGAUAUACUCUCAAAAAUGGCAAAAGACAUUGCUAAGGAACCGUCUCAUAAAGAAAGAGGAGCCCUGCCCAAUCUUAUACAAGAAGACAUGGCUGUGUUGAAUGACUUUGAUUUGUUUAAUUUAUGUAAACAGUAUAAGAAAUAUCUUGGAAAAUACUCCUUAGACCCAUCAGUGAUAUUAGAGUCUGGGAAAUUUAAAAAGAUGGAUGAGUUGAUGCCAAAGAUGAAAGAUAGGAAUGACAGAGUCCUAGUCUUCAGCCAGUUCACCAUGAUGCUUGACAUUCUAGAGAUUUACAUGGACCACAAUGGCUACAAGUACCUUAGAAUGGAUGGACAGACUCCAGUCCCUGACAGGUUGCAGCUUAUUGACCGCUUCAACAAUGAACCCGAUAUAUUUGUGUUCCUCUUGUCUACACGUGCCGGUGGCCUAGGCAUCAAUUUGACUGCGGCCAACACAAUUAUACUCCAUGACAUAGAUUUCAACCCUUACAAUGACAAGCAGGCAGAGGACAGGUGUCACCGACUGGGACAACAAAGAGAAGUAACUAUAAUCAAGUUGAUCUCUGAAGACACUGUUGAUGAAGCAAUGCUGAGUUGUGCCAAUGGUAAACUUAUGUUAGAAAAAGAUCUAACAGGUCCAGCCAAUGAAGAAGAGAAUGAAGAUAAUACUAAAGAUGUCGCCAGUUUAUUGAAAGAAGUUUUAAGGUCAAGGCAAAAAAAGAAAGAUGACCAUAAGGAAGGCAGCAGCCAGCACUUGACCAAAGUGGACAGCAAGGCCAGCUCAUCAUGACCCAUGUGUAGUGACUUAGUUGAAAACUGAUUUCUUUGUUACGGUUAAGACAUGUUAGCCUGUCCCUGUUUGAUAUGAAAAUGUUUACAUUUGAACUGUGUAUAUAGGAACUAAGUGUGGUUCUGUUGAUGUUAGUAAACAUUCUUGUUCAUGUCAGUCAUCUACAGAUUCUUCAUCGCUGUGCUGAUGUCUCUUUUUUUUAUAUAUAUAUAUAUAUUUGUAGCUGCAUUGAAUUAUGUUUUGUGUCUCAUUUCAUUAACUCAUUAGGUUUUUCAUGGAGCUAUUUUCUAGGUUUCUAGUGCAACUUUUUUGUUUGCAAAGCUAUGAUUGAGUCCUUAUUUUAGUUGUCUUAUGAAAGACAUAGACAAAAGGUUAGAAUAAAUACUUAUACAUGUUGAUUGUGGUAUUUAAAGCUUGCAUUGAAUAAAGAUGGUGUUACUGUAAGGAUGAAAAUAGUCAGCUGUGUGGGUGUCUUGUUUUCUGGAAAAUGGUUUUAACAAAUAUAGAAUAGGCUUUUUUUUGUUCCUUUGCUAAAAGGAGACCAUCUGGACAAGAUUGAUUCAUUUUCAUGCAUGGCAAUUAGAUUAAUAAUUUAUUUUGUUACAAUAAAUGAGUUAAUUAUGGCUCUGUAAUUAACUAUUUACUUUUCUGUACCGAAAAAAAUUUUUUGGAUCUAAAGAAAAAAAUCAAACUAUUUCAUAUGUAUUAUUAGAAGAGUUCAAAUGUGCAUCUCAAUUUAAUUAUUACUCCACACAUUUCUUAAUUCAUUUCCAGCCUGCCUAUAAAAUAAUUUGUUGUCAUCACUUUUAUAUUGUGUGUAUAUACAAUAUACAUUGCCCUGGGUGUUUUGUACACAUAAUUAUUUACAAAUGAAUGACAGUUGUUGAGACAUUUCUAGAGGGAAUUCUGGAGGACUAAAAUUGAGGCUGUUAAAGUGUCCAUUACUGGGUUUUAUGACCUGAGAAGUUUUUUUUUUUUUUAGGAUCAUUCAGUAAUGAGAAAUGUGUUUGAAAAUGUAGAAGCUUACUUAGAAAACUGUGUGCAUUACCAACUAAGAAAUGUAACAUCAGUUUUAUUCUCUGACAUUCUACUAAUUGGACUUGUGAAGGAAAAUAUUCAAAAAUCACAGCUUAAAAACUUAGGUCUGUCUGGUGUGUUUUUUUUUCUUUCCCACUGGCAUAUAUAAAUUAUUUUUUGUAAAUUUGAUUCCUGAGUUUUUUUUUUGUUUUUUUUUUUAAUAAAAUGAUAGCUCAUGAGAUUGUCUAAAAAAUGUGUCAACUAAUAACUGAAACAUUGGUUUAAAAGCUUCAGAAGUGAAUUGUUUUUCCUUCUCAGUAAAAGUAUUCCUCUUGUGAAAGUUUUUUUUUAAAGGCAUAUUUCUAUUGGAGCAAAAUAUUUUCUUAUGACCUUGUUGUGAUAGCACUCUAUUCUUUUCGUUUAUUCUAACAAUUGUGGUACUUUGAGCACUCCCAGAAUGCAAUAAAAGUUUUGGUUCUAUAUUUUUACUUCAUAAUAAUUACAUCACUUUAUUUACAUUUUGCAAGUACCAAAAGGAUAAUGCCAUUUUUUGUUUUACUGGGGUAUUUUAUUGUUUUCUUCUGCUGAAGAUCACUUUGUGCCAGAAUCUUUAGGAACACAUUUAAUAUGAAUUGAAUUACUAAUGGGAAGCCAUUUUAAUCAUUUAGAAAACAAUUUAUUUAUAUUCAUGAGACAUUCACAUUAGAUUUACACCCUAACAACAAAGACUAAAAAUAAAAACAUUUGGACCUCUUUACAUGAUCAAAUAUUUGUUUGGAAAUCUUGAUUUAGUUACCAGAUUAAUUUUUUUUGUUUGUUUAUCCGAAAGUCACUAAAUUUGUUUACAUAAGACAUAAUGUGUGCCAUUGAGUGCCUCCAUCAGUAGAAUUAACCAAUCAUUUUCAUACUCUGUCAGCCUUUAAAUUGUCAAAUUGUAAAAGAAAUACAUUUUGUUGAGCAAAAUUUUUUUUUUCCUUUUCAUUUUAGUGUUGUUUUUGUUUUUCUUUUGUGAAGAAGAAACAAUGCACUUCUAGAUUAUGAUCUUAUAGUCUUAUAAUUCUAUUUUGUUAAUUUCUUUUUCUGUUGUUAUUAACAGUUUUUGUUGAGAUAUUACCCUGUUGUGUUUUAAUUUAAUUUUGUUUCUGUGUUAAAAAUGACAUACUGAAUUGAGGAAUUAAUUGACCACUAAAAAAAUAGAUUUUUUAAAAAGUUUAUGCAAGGAUUUGAGGGUUGCAUUAAUCAUAUGCUCCAUUUUUAAAAUAGUUAUUGAAAUAACACUAGGCUAUAAAGUAUGUCUCAUGUCAUUGUCUUUGCAAAUAAAAAGGGCACAUGUGUCCAUACAAAAAAA